AUAAGGAGCUAUAACACAUCCCCUGAGAAUGCGAUGACAGGCUGAAGACAAAGGCAAGGGAAGAAAAUGGGGGAGAUGCUGGGCAAUUUGGGGUCUGUGAUGGCGGCGUUGAUGUUCAUCUGGGCCAUGUUCCAGCAAUACUUCCCUCACGACCUUCGCCGCCAUAUCGAAAAAUACUCCCACAGAUUGAUGAAGGUUUUCUACCCUUACAUCCAAAUCACUGUCCCUGAAUACGGCAGAAAUCAUUUCAUGCGCAAUGAAGUCUACACCGCCAUCGAAACCUAUCUCAGCUCCAAUACCGCCGUCCAAGCCAAGCGCCUCAAGGCCGACACCGCCAAAAACAACCAUUCACUGGUUCUCACCAUUGAUGAUCAUGAGGAGGUUGAAGACGAGUUUGAGGGAGUCAAGCUGUGGUGGGCUUCAAGCACCAUCACAGCCAGAAAUCAGACCUUCCCUUUCUAUGGGCAGCCGGAUGAGAAGAGGUACUACCGGCUGACUUUCCACAAGAAACACCGGGAUUUGAUCACCAAGGAGUACCUCAGUCAUGUGUUGAGGGAAGGGAAGGCGAUUAAUGUCAGAACCCGGCAGCGGAAGCUUUAUACCAACAAUGGGUCGAUGUGGAGCCAUGUGGUAUUUGAUCACCCUGCAACUUUUCAUACCCUUGCUAUGGAGGCUGAGAAGAAGAGGAAGAUUAUCGAGGACUUGGUUUCUUUCAGCAAAGCAGAGGAUUUCUACGCAAGAAUUGGGAAAGCUUGGAAGCGGGGUUACCUCCUUUAUGGCCCUCCUGGGACGGGAAAAUCUACCAUGAUUGCUGCCAUGGCGAAUCUGUUGGAGUACGACGUCUAUGAUCUUGAACUCACGGCGGUCAAGGACAACACCGAGCUGAGGAAGCUGCUGAUCCAGACGUCGAGCAAGUCCAUCAUUGUGAUUGAGGACAUCGACUGCUCCCUCGAUUUGACGGGUCAGAGGAAGACGAAGAAGGAGAACGAGGCGGCUGAGGAAGAAGAGAAAGACCCCAUUAAAAAACAAGCGAAGGUAGGGGAUUCUGAUCAAGGGAAAACCAGCAAGGUGACUCUCUCCGGGCUGUUGAACUUCAUUGACGGCCUUUGGUCGGCCUGCAAGGGGGAAAGGCUGAUAGUGUUCACGACAAACUACAUGGAGAAGCUCGACCCAGCUCUGAUUCGGCGAGGAAGGAUGGACAAGCCAAUCGAAUUAUCAUACUGCAGCUUUGAAUCGUUCAAGGUGCUGGCUAGGAACUAUCUGGAGCUUGAUUCCCACCACCUAUUCGACACGAUUGAGAGGCUGUUGGGGGAAAGUAGAGUGACCCCAGCUGAUGUUGCCGAGCAUUUGAUGCCUAAGACAAGUGUGGCUGAUGCCGAAACAAGCUUGAAGAGCCUGGUUCAGGCAUUGGAGAUGGCCAAGGAAGAAGCAAUGUUGAAGGCCAAGGAAGAAGCCAAAGAGAAGGAGUCAUCUGCUAGGGAAGAAGAUUGAUGAUCAUUGGCAAGAGGGGUUUAAUUUUUAUUUAGUGUUUGAAUAAGUAGAGACUAUGAUUGUGUCUAUCCAUCUGAGUUAAUUCCUGGGAAUUAUGAAAUAUUGGUCAAGUUAAUAGUUUGGUAAUUGAGGUUGAUGGGAAAUGCAUAUGGUGAUCAAUUCUGAAGAUCUUUUCUAGGACCUACGACAUGGGGGGAAAGGAUAAGAGAAAUGAGAGGUGGAGAUAUUGCGAGGAAAGGAUAAGAGGACCAAAGAGGGAAAGUUUGUGCCUAAUGAAUAUUUUUACAACAGGAGGAUGAAUGUUGAUCACUUGUGUUAUGGAAAGAUAUUAGUAAUAUAAAUGUUCUUCGAA